UCCCAUGCUCAUAAGACCGACGGCGGAUUGGGGGUGUACGCGCAUUUUGGUCGUGUGAAUGACGCUGACAGCGUCGAUCUGUGCUUGCCAUCGGGUCGAACUGGCAGCUCAGCUGUCAGCGGUCGGAACGAGAGAAGGUUCGAUGGCUCUUGGUGAGACUUCGCUGUACUUACGUAUAAUCCCCGUUACGGCUGCUUUCGCUGUUGUCCACAAUGAUCAUGGUGGCUUCCAUCUUGGCGAAGGUUAGGCGUUGCUAGGAACGACGGAAAUGAUCGGUAUAUGUGUCAGUAGGUGAAGUGUUCAGGCGCUGUAAAUGCCGGAAAUAGAAAUAUUUCUGAGUAGAUGGGGAGGAAGUGAUUGGAGAAGGUGGAUGAAGAUGUCGAUGAUGGAGGAGAGUGAGAGCUUCGGUGAUGGAUGAGGUACGGG